AUGAAAAGUCAGCAGAGCAUUGUGGGAUAUUUUAUCGACAGUGAUGUUUCAAAAUUUGGCGAUACUUUCCAAUUUGCAACGAGUCUCAUAUCAAUCUUUGCAGUGUACGUGUGCAGCUUGAUAAAGAGAAACAGACUCACUACAAUAAGCAUUAGAAAUAUUCUAGUGCAAUCACGGAAGGAGACAGACACUCUGGAGGAAGCUCUGGACAACAUAAUAAACAUUCACAGCGAUCUUUACCACUGCUGCAGAGCAAUUCAGGAUUAUUUCUCCAUACAAAUGCUUAGCAUUGUUGCAGUUUCCUUCAUGACAAUUGUUUUUAAUGCCUUCUACAUUCUUAUGAUGGCAUUGGGCAGCUCCAAAUUGAAAACAACAGUGGGAAAAUUGGAAUUCAUAAUUUUCUUCACAUAUCAACUAAUAAUUUGUCUUCUGGGCGUUAUUCAUAUUGGUCGAAGUACGAGUAGAGUCAUUGCAGAGAAUGAACGAAUUGGGCCCAACACUUUCAAUUUAAUCUACAAUAUGAAGAACGAGGAAAUUAGAGAAAAGUUGAGAAUAUUUGCUGAUAAUUUACUCCACAUGAAAGUUCAAUUCACUGCUUCUGAACUCUUCAAUCUCGAUAAAACUCUUAUAAUAACGAUUAUUGGCACAGCAUCGACUUAUUUAGUAAUCCUUGUUCAGUUCCUGUCUUCCCAUAAUUUGAGUAUCAGUGACUGUGUUAUCAUAGAAAACACACGAAUUCUCCAUGCUGCAAAAUCAAUGGCGGCACGCUGCUGA